AUGUCUGAACCUCCAUGUAACUUGGCUCUAAAGAACCUGUGUGAGGCCUUCUUACAGGAGAGAAGUCAGAGAGCUUCAGCAGGGUCUGAGGUGCUCUGCAGUGUACAUUGUGAGAAACUCAAACUCUUCUGUCUGGAGGAUAAACCGCCUGUCUGCUUGGUGUGUCAGGCCUCAAAGAAACAUAAAUCUCAUGACUGCGUCCCCAUAGAUAAGGCUAUACAGGAUCAUAAGGUAAGAGAAAGACAACCAUUUGGAAAUCUGUGAUAGAGCAAUAUGGUAUAAACAAUCAUAUUUGAACUUUUUGAUUGAUUGAAAAUCAGGCUGCAGUGAUAGAGUUGUGGUGUUCAGAUGUUCUCUCAAGAGGUUCUGUCUCAUUCCAGGAGGAACUCCAGACUGCUCUGGAGCUCUUACAGGAGAAGGAGAAGGUCUUUAGUAAAGUUAACAAACCUGUGAUAAAACAACAGAGCACAUUAAGAUCAGUACUGUAUAUGUUGUUCAGGGUUAAUUGUUCAGUUAUAUAUUUUCUUGUUCUGUUCAGUAUUAGAUUAUGUUGCUUUAGGAAAGAUGUGGUGUCACAUGUCAGGAUCUGCAAGCAUAUUCACUAGCAGUUUUAUGUUACAAUAAUAUUAUCCCUAUAUGAAUAUUCUGAGAUAUUAGAUCUCUUCCUCCCAAUGCCUCCAGAGCCAAGCCAGCACACAGACACGCAGAUUAAGGAGGAGUUUGAGAAGCUUCACCAGUUUCUACGAGCAGAAGAGGAGGCCAAGAUAGCUGCACUGAAGGAGGAAGAGGAGCAGAAGAGGCAGAUGAUGAAGGAAAAGAUGGAGAGAUGA